GGAGACGUGGCUGGCGGUCGCGGGGGACGCGUGCAGCGGAGCACGGGCGCGAGGUGGCGAGCUGCAUGUGCCCAGCCACGCGCCAACGAAUAGGCGCACAGCCCGAUGGACCGCGCAGACGGACCGACGCAACCAGGCACCAUCCAGUGCAUGCGCACCCGCGGCCCAGCCAUGGACAUGGGGUUUGUCGAGAGCCAGCCGGAGUUGACGGCCGCGCCGGCGGCGGGACCCGGCACGGGAAGCAGGCUGCCGGGCGGGGGCGGCGGGCGCAAGCGGAAGCACCUCUCCUCCAUCGCCAACCACGUGCUCCGGCAAUGUUCUCUGACACUGGACAGGAGCGUGGACGAUUUGGUGGCAGACUUCGAGCUGGGCUUAAAGACUGCAGCAGUGGACAGCUACUCAAGAAAACUGGUCGAGUUCUGCAGUCUCCAGGCGCUGCAGAUCAUCACGUCACGCGAUAUAGGGGAGAAGAUCAGCGAGGGCUCGCUAGGUCGGUUCACCUUCGAUAUGAUGCUGGCCUGGGAGACCCCGACUCCGUCGGACCAACAGAUCACCAUGGAGAGCGUAGCGAAGGAGAGGGAAGAUAGGAAGGAGACCCUUGGAGAAGGUGAAGCUGUGAUGGGUGAUGAGACGUCACUGUUCUAUUCAGACAUCAUGCCUCUUCUUGUGAAUGAAGAGCCAACUGUUGGGGAAGAAGCGUACGUGUGGUUUGGAUCUGUGUUCCCUUUGGCUUGUGACGUGGUCAAUGCUCGAUUCACAUUCGAAGCUCUCACUGCCACCACAGCUAACAGGCUGCACUACCCUGCCUAUGACAGGUUCCUGAAAGAGAUGGAUAAGUCCUUCAAGUUCUUCCAAGACUUGCCAACUCCGACUGGAGUUGAAUUCGCUGAGGAUGAGUUCAUUUUGCACAUGGAGGGCACGGCAGGGACACAGAGAGUGGUGAGGCACAUUGGAACCACUAGCUGGCCAGGUCGAGUGACUCUGACGAACAAGGCACUGUAUUUUGAGGCUUCCGGAAAAUUUUCAUACGAAUCUGCAAUCAAGGUUGAUCUCUCAGACACCGGAGUAGAACACCAAAUCAGCACGGCGUCAACAGGCCCUUUCGGCGUGCCUUUGUUCGACAAGGCCAUCGUGUUCGAGUCACUACCAGAGCCUGUGGUCUUGGAGUUCCCGGAGAUGACCAGCUCGACAAGGCGCAACACGUGGCUCGCUCUGAUCAGGGAAGUGCUGUCCAUCCACCGUUUCAUCUCAGCGUACAGCAUAGUGUCCCCCGUCCACAGAUGGGAGGUGCACUCCAGAACCAUACUAGGAGUGGUACGUCUCCACGCCGCGAGGGAGAUGCUACGGAUGUCGCCGCCGCCGGCUUCCAGCUUCCUAGUGUUCUCGCUGUACGGCGACAUGCCCAAGGGCGACUUCGUGCUCGAGCAGCUGGCGAGCAACCUGAAGCGGACCUCCACCAUCACCCGGCUGAGCGCGUCCUACGUGUUCAAGGGUCUGAGCAGGUCUUCUUCUGUCCCACCUCUGAGCGCGGAGGUGGCCGCCGAAGGCCGUGGCGCGGACGACGACGCCAGUGGCCGCGAGCACGAGCGGCCCCUGGCGUCCCUGGAGGACAAGAUCGGCCGGGUGCGAGAUGAGGCCAGGGAAGUCACCGCCGCCAACGCCGCCGUUGAAGGGAUGAAGGACGAAGGCAUCUCGGAUAGUCUUCUCGUGCUGGUGGGGUUGGUCGGUCCCGUCGGCAAGCUGCGGCCCGCGAUCCAGCGGAUAACCUCGUGGGAGCGGCCGCUUGUCACUGGCAGCAUCCUUGCCGCAGCUUCGCUGAUCAUAUACAAUGAAUGGUUCAGUUACGUGCUAGCUGCGUCCCUGGUGCUGGCCGCCGGCGUGAUGGUCUGGGCGAGGCAGAGGAAGAUAGGGGAGCUAUGCUCGGAGGUGAUCAUCGAUGCCUCUUCGUCGUCGUCGUCGGACAAGACAACGAUGGAUAGCAUAGUGGAGGCGCAGCGAAGCCUGCAGAAAGUGCACAGGUACAUCGUGACCGCGAACGUUGCCAUCCUCAGGCUGUGGUCGAUUGCGCUAGCAAGGUCGCCAAAGCACACAGAGACGGUGAUCUGGAUGCUGGCCGUGUCCGCGGCGGUGGUAGCCGUGGUCCCGUUCAGGUACAUUCUGAUCGGGCUGGUGGCGGGGAGCUUCGCGUUGAACACGAGGGUCGCGAGGGCCGUGAUGAACCCGCAGGGCGGCCGGCGGUGGAGGGAGUGGUGGGAGUCCAUACCCGCCGUCCCCGUUCGGACGGUGCACAGUUGACAAAAGUAUAUUUUCCUCUACUACGUGAAAUGAUCGCAGAAGGAACCCGUUAUAGAAGCCUGUUUGUUCAGGAAGAAUAAUGAAGUCAAUAAGAAACUGUUUGUUCGCUUGUGUCUCUUUUCACCUCAGCCAGCAAUUUCACCUUGUAAUGAACACCGCCAUGCACCCCUGUUUAAUUAGUUUCAUUCACUAAAUUUUAGUUUC